UGGUUGGAUUCGAUCGAAAAUAAUCCACGAGGAUAACCACUAGUGAAGGGUUGAGCGGGAAAGAAUGAACGAGAUAAAAAUAUAUAAUUGUGAUGAAAGAAUGUAAACCGAGUGAUGCGUGGAAGUUUCUGACGUUAAUCCACAGGGAGCAAUUCGGAGAAGAUUUGAGCUCCAGCGAUCGAAUGCAGAAAAAUACGAUCAAGUGACAGAUCUUCGAAAAACAGAAAUUACGAGUUCAACGGAGCGUACGAUUGGCCCGGCGAUCACGAACGUGAGGGCGGCAUCCAACGCGGCUUGAAACUGCCAGGCUCCGGAAAAUGGAGGGCAAAACACUUUUCGAGGACAAACACCGUCUCUCGCUGAAAUGUGUUCUAUUUCUUUUCUAUGGAGGCUUGGGAUGCAUUUAUCCAUUCCUCCAGUCGAACAUGGCUCACAAGGGGUUCGACUAUAACGAGAUCUACUCGAUAUCGGUGAUCAUUCCUAUCGCGGCCCUGUUUGGUCCGCUGGUGUUUGCGCUGCUGGUGGACAAAUGGGCAACCUCGAAUGCUUUCGCGUAUGGAAAACGCAUUCGCAUUCUGACCGCCGUCAGUUUGAUUGCAUCGAUCGUUCUCUAUGUUGUGCUGAUGUUUGGUGUGAGUCGAACCCCACCGCCGGAAAUUUGCACCCCACAAGCGAGCUUCAUGUGCAACAAAAAGGGAGCAUACAUCCUGCAGGAAAAGUGCACCGAGGACGGCGUGUGUCACAAUUGGGAUUACAAUAAGAACGGACUGUUGAACCUGAAGGACUGCAGCUACAGCUGCCAGCGUGAGGUCCAGUUCGAGAGCAACUGCUACGAACGCCAGGAUCAUGCGGUACGCAUGGCUGCUCUCCAAAACUCUGACGAGGAUUCCGAAGAUGCUGGAAGUGUAGGGGAGGAGAGUGAAAGUGUCCGCGCAGAUGACGGCAGUGGAAGCAAUGAAGCAGUGGACGUAGCGAAAAGCAAUGAUCUCGACGGAGACGGUAUUCCCAACGAUCAGGAUCCUGACGACGACAAUGAUGGCAUUCCGGACUCACAGGACGACGACGAUGACAACGAUGGUAUACCGGAUGCGCAGGAUAUGGACGAUGAUAACGAUGGCAUUCCAGACAGCGCGGAUGUUGACUCAAAGAUGACGGCUAACGAUCUGGAUGGUGACGGAAUUCCGAAUGACCAAGAUGAUGACGACGAUAAUGAUGGCAUUCCGGAUGCGCAAGACGAGGAUGACGACAAUGACGGUGUACCAGACGCACAAGAUGAAGAUGACGACAAUGAUGGUAUUCCCGAUGCUGAGGAUACCGACGCAAAGUCCAAGGGCAAUGACUUAGAUGGCGAUGGAAUUCCAAAUGAUCAAGACGAUGAUGAUGAUAAUGAUGGCAUACCUGACACUGAGGAUCCUGAUGAUGAUAAUGAUGGUGUACCGGAUGCGCAGGAUACCGAUGACGACAACGAUGGCAUUCCGGACAGCAGGGACAAGGAUUCUAUCUCCAAGCACAACGAUCUGGAUGGUGAUGGUAUUCCUAAUGAAGAGGAUGACGAUGAUGACAAUGACGGAAUUCCAGAUGCGGAGGAUGAUGACGAUGAUAACGAUGGAAUUCCGGAUGCAGAGGACAUUGACGAUGACAAUGAUGGCAUUCCAGAUGACCAGGAGGACAAGCCUCGCUCCGACGAUCUGGAUGGAGAUGGUAUUCCCAAUGACCAAGAUGAUGAUGAUGAUAACGACGGAAUACCCGACUCGGAGGACACAGAUGAUGACAACGAUGGCAUUGCGGAUGCCGAAGAUGUAGACGAUGACAAUGACGGUAUUCCGGACAUAUUGGAUGCGGGCUCGCGCAAUGCCAAUGAUUUGGAUGGGGAUGGCAUUCCCAACGAUCAGGAUGACGACGACGAUAAUGAUGGCAUCCUCGAUGAUGACGACACGGACGAUGAUAAUGAUGGUAUUCCGGAUAGCAUCGAUGAUGACGAUGAUAACGAUGGCAUCUCGGACGCAGCGGAGAAUGUGGUGGCGGACUACGCGGCGCCACAGAUUUGUCACGACUCAGAUGAAGACGAUGAAGAUGAGGACGAGAAGUGCUAUUCCUACAGCGGAGAGGUUAUUGAGGUAAAGGCUUCGUUCGAUGAGCAUAACGAGCGAGAUGAAGUCGAGGAAUGCAUGUAUCCGCUAGAUGGUUUCAAGUGUCAAAUUGACAAAGCCUGGAUCAAGGCUCAGGAAUCUGGUUGCAAGCCGGUUAUCGAAUGUGCCAUUGUCGAACAGUAUGAUGACAACACGAGUUUACUCUAUGGAACAAGCUGUGACGGCGAUGAGGACAACGAUGGCGAUGAUGAUCGUGGAGAUUCUACCUUCUAUUUCUAUUUGUCGAUCCGUUCCCUGUUGGACUUCUUCCUACUGGCUGCCCUGACCCUAUUCAAUACCAUAGUGAUCAUAACAACCAGGGAUCCGGCGUCGGGAGUCGGUGAUUUCGGUCAUCAGCUAGUUUGGGGAGCUAUCGGCUGGAUUGUCUUCUUCAACGAUGACUCCGAGCAGCCGUACUUGUUGUUCAUAAUAUUGAACACCAUCGCCGCUGUUGUUCUUCUCAGCCCGCUGAAGAUGGAUCUCUCGCCACCCGAGGAGUGGUGGAAGUUUAAGACGAAUCCUCAGAAAUUCUUCUCGGUUCCAGCCUUCGUGAAGUACGCCAAAAAGUGUUGGCUGCCGUUCCUCAUAACUUUCGCGCUUGGGUCUCUCUGGAGCAUAAUUGACUCAGUCGACGAGUCACACAUGACGGAUGUACCGAAGGUGGAGAAGGUCGAUCAUUUCGAGAAAGAAGGAGCAAUGCGACCGGUGUGGAGAACGAUUAUGCUCGCUGGUGAUUUGCUCGCUAUUCCGGUGCUCAUAUUUUCGAAGCGAAUCAUCGAGGUUUUCGGUACCUGCAAGAUUCUGGUAGCCGCCGCGUUGUCUCUGGUAGCGCGUUACGUGCUAUUGGCUAUCUUCGACUGGGAACUGUGGGACGUGAUCGAGGACUGGCUGCUGCCCGCCACCCUUGGUCUGACCUGGGUAACCAUCGUUCUGCUCUUCCGUGAUAUAUUACCACGCAAAGCGACCGCGAUUGCACAAGCUCUUCCAGUGAUCGCGCACUUUGGCUUUGGACGGUUCUUCGGUGCUCUCAUCGGCAUCGAGAAUGACUACGACCACCUGGAGAAUGAUUACGAAAUCAUUGCUGGAGUGCUGUUUGGAAUCACCAUCGCCGGCAUCAUACUGUACCGUUACAAAGAGAUCGUUUUGUCCCACGUCGGUCAGUACAUUCCGAGCCUGAAACCGUGCGAGAAUGUAAAGGUCGCUGAAAAUGGAAAAGGAGAAACUGAUGUAUAGAUCUGGAAGGUAAUUCAACGCAUCUGUCAGAUGGAAGCGUAAUGAGUCACGCUGCGCUUCCCGGAGUAAUUAACAGGAAUCUAGAUUUCAGAGAUGGAAUAUCAAUUCACUGGGGAGACAGAAGCAAAACGGUUGUGUUUGAGUUUUAUUUUUAAUUUUAGUUAAAACUAUUAAUUUUGAUCAGUUCAAAUCUGAUUGCCAUAUAAUAAAGACUUGUUGGUUGCCGUUGAAUAGAUACAGA